CAGAAAGCUCGGGAACCGACCCGCCUCGUCGCUCCGCAUGGGCAGUUACCUGGGCAAGCCGGGGUCCCCGCCGUCGUCCCCCGCGCAGGCGCGCACAGACGUGGCGGAGAGGCCGCCGAACCGCCGGCCCGCUCAGCCCCUUCAUCAAGUCCGGCGGCUUCCGCACGCCCACCGCGCCCACCCUGCCCUGCGGCACAGACCUGCCAGGAGGCCGCCCAGCUGGGCUCCGGCGGGUGCCAAGGCCGCGGCGGCCGGGGAGGCUUGGCGGCGCUUUCCCAUGCCCAGGUCCCAGAAUUCCAUCGUGGGGCCUCUUCCCUCGGACUGGUGGGACAGUUACCUCAAGCGGACUGUUUGGUCUCUUCGGCACCCCAGGGCAGCAGGGAGCCCGGUGACCAUCAGGAUAGCCCCUCCCGAGCGGAGAGCGCUCCCCUGCCCCUCUCCCGCGGAGGUGGUCGACUCUGCAGGGUCCUCACCCUCUGAGAAGCCCCCAGACCCGUGUGCAAAGGAGACGGUGCUGAGGGCCCUCCGAGAGUGCAAGAAAGGGAGAGUGAAGUUUGAAGAAGCGCUGGUUUCCGAGGGCUGGCCCAGUGAGAGGAGUCCAGACACCAGACCGUCCGCAUUUAAGCCCCUGGUGGAAAAGGGAGUUCUCACUUCUUUUGUGCCCAGGCCUGGGCCCCUGAAGAGAAGCCUCGAGCCGGGGGGCUCCGAUCACAGUUUGAGUAAGAGGCCCAGUUGCUCCUCCCUGAGCUCCGUGGCCGGCGCACACCCAGCUGGCCCGCUCGGUGCCAGAAGAAACGCUAUCACAAGUUCUUACAGCUCUUCUAGGGCUUUCUCUGAGCCUUGGAAGAGAAGUGCUCCCAGGGAAUCCCCGCAGACACCAGAAUGGCCAGUGAAAAAGAAAGGAAAGGGUCAUCAGUGUCACUCUCCGAUCCCACUGGAAUCAGACGAGUCCCCAGCAGCAUCCGGCGGCUCCGGACAGCAAAGUCAGAUUCCAUGGCAGCUCUCUAGUCCUGGGGACCUGCUGUCACUGACCCCAACUCCCCAGCUUGGCGACGCAGUCCCUGAAGAGGACCUGGCCUCAGGGAAGAAAGGUGGACUCCAGGGGAGCGGUAAAGCCAGAGACGAGAGGACUGAGGUCACCACGGACUCUGUCUCUGAGACGUGCUCUGCUCUUCAGCCUUGCCUGUGUCUUACCCCGCCUUCUGCAGGCACGGCUCCGACCCAGGGCUUCACAAAACUGCCGGAGUCUCCCCCGGCCCUCCCACCAUCCCCCGGAGAGGCAGUCAGUACAGCGCAUUCCCCUGUGAAGGAGGGCAGCCUCCGGUCCUCGCAGGGCUGCUCACAGGCAGAGCCCCUUCCAGGCGCCUCUUCAGCAGCUUUCAUCCUUCCGACUCCUGCCUCUCCCACGUCACCACUCACCGACACCACGGGGCCCCCGUCAACCUCUCAGGCUGACAGGACUACCAUGCCCCCAGGACUGCCCGCCCUCAGCUCUGCCGAGCUCAGCGUGCAGAGUACUCUGUCUGGAAUGAGCAGCCCAGCUCCCCAUCUUUCUGCGUCUCCACCUCCUGCCAUAGCUUCUGCGAAUCCCACGUCAAACCCCAUUUUGGGGCCCCCACCCAAGAGCGAGAUUGGAGGCUCCUUAUAUUCCAGAACUUCCGUCACCACUACAACACCUGCAACUCUGAGCAUCUUCACUCCCUCCUUCAAGCCUAUCUUUGGCGGCGUAGGACCACUGAAAACCAUGCCCAUGAUAGCUCCUUUCAAGCAGACCUCUCCUCUGGCUACUCCUGCUUCUACCCAUCUCCUCCAUGGCCUGGUCAAGGCUACCUCUGUCGUCGUGUCCACCACCGCAGCCAGCACAUCUAAAGACUCUUCUUUCAUGCCGCCUUUGGAUUUUGGUGUAGUGAAUGUGUCCAGUACCACGGAAAACACUUACACCAUCCCUUCGACCUGCCACACUUUCCUCCUUGGGGCUGCCUGUGCCUUCAGGGCCAGCUUCGCCCCGGCCACAGGCUUCGUUUUCCCACCACACCAGCGUGCUACCAUUCCCACCGUACACACAGUCACCAUCUUUAGCCAGGUUCUUUCCAGCGCUGUCCAGAUCUCCCCAAGCAAAACCACUGCCAAUUUCAGGGGUGUGGGCAGUCCUCUGUCAACCUCAGCCCUGGUAACCACACACCAGGCCUCAUUAUCAUCCAGCAUCUCCAGUCCAACCUCAGCAUUCGCAGUUCCCUUGGGGUCAGGCUCAAGGCCACCCUUCCCACUAUCCCCAGGAGCCACUCUCCAGCUGGCAUUUGGGGCUACAGGUGGGCAGAAGCAAGGGGCCGUCCAACCAACACUUGGCCCAAGCUUCAGUAGCCCUUUCAUUUUUGGAAACUCGGCCGUGGCAUCCCCAACCCCAACGUCCACUCCAGCUCAGCCAGCCUUCAGCAGUACCACGCAGUCACCCUUUGGGGGUUUGACACCCUCAGCCUCCACGUGUCACCUCCCUGCUGGCACCUUGCCGAAUUUUGGCAGCACUCCCGCAGGGUUUCUCUUUGGUCAAGCUAGUACAACUGGUUUGAGGGUUGUGGCCCAGACCCACCAGAAUGGGGCUUGUGGCUCAGUGUUUGGCAGCACAGCCCCACGACCUUUUGCCUUUGGGGGAUUAAUGACCCCUAUGGACUGUGGGGACUCUGGGAUCGGUGGGACUGCCCCAGACAUGAGCUCCAACCCUGGAGCGUUCAGCGUUGGAACAGUGCCAAGCGGGACCACUGGCACCAUGACACCCUUUGGAAAAGGCUGUAGCCAGAACACCCCAGGCCUCACCAACCAGAGCACACCUUCUGUCUUGGGGAUGGCCGGCAUUUCUGCAAGAAAAACUAUGUUUGGGGCCCCCUGCAUGUCCCCCUUUGCUCAGAGCACCCUUGUCCCUGGGCCAGUAACGACAAGCAGCAGCCUUGGCUUUGGGAUGCCCUCUCCACCUCCCCAGAGUUGUGCUGGGAGAGGACCUUUCACAUCAUCAGCCUCUUCAUUUUCCAUUGGUGCAAAAUCAAAAACCCCAAAGAAUCGGGAGCAAGGGCAUUCCCGAAGGCAUCAUGCCCACAAGAAAUAGCCUCUGUCCCACCUCCCCUGAUCUGGACCUCAGUACUGUGACGAGCCUCUGAUGCCUUCCAACCCUCUAAAACAAACAUCCCCCAGAUCUAAGGCUAGAGCUUUGCAUAUUCACCCUGUGGGUCCCGAUCUAUAAUCUAGAAGGUGGAGGACUGAGGUAUCUAGUGGUAACAGCAGAAUGAAACUGGGUGGGACCAAACCUUUGGAAUUGAAGAAAUUUCCCUUCUCGCCAGCUCCUCUCUGUGUCAGAGGUGAGUGCAGUCGGGACACUGCCUCUCGAUUUUUCCUUGGAAAACGUGUUCUAAACACAAUGUUCGUUCCUGGAACAGACGUGCCAGGAAGGCAGCAAGUACAGCCCACACUCUCUCCCAUCUUUAGGGGGAAGAACAGAUUCUCUCGAAAUCUUAGCCUGCUUUUAUUUGGCCCGAAGCAGUGGUUCCCCUUCUCUUUCUGCCAGGGAUGCCGAUCCUCGCUCCUCACUGCUUAGUUCUCCGGCAGGGCCGGAA